GAUGUGGUAAUGUUUGUUCGCUGUAUUCGUGUUGUGUCUGAAAUCAUGCGAGGUGAGGGCACCAUUUCUGGGUGCUUUUCGGUUUUCGGUGGAUAUUUAAUUCACUUGACCUAUGGUUAUUUGUACUCUUUAACAAAUAUGGUACCAUACAUAAUGGGAUACCUGAUAACUUUUAUUAACCCAAAUCUUUGCGUCCAAACAUCCGUUUGGUUUUCUGCAGUUUCCUUUGCUGUUUACGGCAUUUUUAUGCCACUUGGUGGAUUUCUGUCGCGUAAAAUUGGUUAUCGACCGGUAAUAGUUCUCAGUUGUUUUUUUCUCAGUGGUGGUGUCCUAUUGUCUUACUUUACGAUACAAAAGAUGUACGUUGGAGUUAUUUUGACCUAUUCUUUCCUGUUUGGCACAGGUGUUGGAUUAGGAUUUUCAGUAACUUUGGCCGUUGCUGCAACAUGGUUUCCUGAACAUAGAGGCCUUGUCGUUGGACUAGUGGUUAGUGGAUAUGGUAUGGGAUCACUGGUGUUCAGUCCUAUCCAAACAUUUUUGAUAAACCCAAACAAUGUCCCAGUUAAUAAUGUGACAAGACAGUUUGAUGAUCCUGAAGUACUUAACAGACUACCACAUGUAUUUCUUGUUAUUGGGGUUAUUCUAUCAGUUACUCAGAUCAUUGGUCUGAUCUUGCUGCGUUCAAAGCCUAAAUCGAAUGCUGAAGAUAAUAAAAUUGAAAUCUUGGAUGAAAGUGAGUCUUCAGAUUCUGAAAUUAAGGAUGACGAGCUAAAAAUCUCGAAUUGUUCAAAUGCAGUGGACAUAAAACCUGGUCAAUUGUUUGGUCAUAUCGACUUCUACCUUUUAUGGUUGAUCGAACUUUGUAACAGCGUGCCGCUUACACUUUUAACUUCUUCCUAUAAAUUAUUUGGUCAGUCGUUUAUCAGUGAUGAUAAGUACCUAUCAAUUAUAGUUACAAUGACUGCUGUUUUCAAUGCCGGUGGGCGUAUUAUAUGGGGAUCAAUUGUGGAUCGUUUUUCAUACAAGAUUCCAUUUUGUAUAAUAAGCCUGAUUUGGGCCAUCCUUCUUUUGACGUUUCCUUACAUCAGUCUGACGGAUGGACUGACGGCGAAAAUGCUUUAUUGUAUUUGGGGUAUUGGAGGUUUUCUUUUUUUAAGCAGUGUAUCAACAGUGGCUCCAGCAGCCAUAGGGUCGAUGUUCGGAUGUACAAACAUGGCUAUUAACUACGGGAUAAUAGCAUGUGCACGAGCUGUAGGAUGUCCUUUGUGUGCCUUUGUCCUCACAUUUAUCAGUUCAGAGAACCUAUACAUUGUCCAGUUUACUAUAUGCGGAUCCGCGAGCCUAGUAGCUUUUCUUCUUGCCUUAUGGAUUGACGAUCACAAAAUAUCGAAGAAUUUAGAUUGUUGCUCAUUUUGUUCUAGAACAUGCAGUCAUUUGCGUGUCCAAAGAAAAUAG